AUGCACCUUCCAUUCUUUCUCAGGCUAAACCAGCAGUCCUUCCACUCUUCCUUGCUUCUUCCACACGAAAUCAUCGCGACCUUGUCUUCCAAUCUGAAGCCACGCUCUGACAACGCAAGUCUCUUCAAGAUGUGUCUCUACUGGAAGAAGCUGCACACAUGUGGCCACCUCUCUGAUCGCCCGUACAUCGAGAUGUGCCGUCCGGGCUUUCUCUCCAACAACGUGUGCCCCGACAUUAGCGACGACGACAAGCCUCGCCCAUCGCACUUCCCAUGUUACCCUUGCAUCAAGCUCGAGGCCCGCGCUGAGACUGAAGCCCAAGUCCGGUUCGAGCAGCACGAGUUUGCCAAGGCCUACGAAGCCCGCGAGCGCGCAGUGAGGGAGAAGCAGGCAGCGGAACUGAGGGCCAAGGAGGAGCGCGUCCGACGUGAGGCUCGCGACAAGGCCGCACGGGAGCGAGAAGCGGAACAGCGUGCGAAGCGCGAGAAAGAGGAAGCUGAGCGCAAGGCCAAGAAAGAGGGGGGUGCCUGGAUCGAGACGUCGGUUGGAAAGAAGCCAAAAGGCAAGAGGAACGGCGCUGGCAGUGGCCCUGCCAACGCUCCAGUAACACCACUGAACACUGUAUCGACCAUCAAGAUGGCUGCCGCACCCAAGAACAUCAAAGAGCUCAAUGGAGGCGCUGGUGGUGGUGAGAGGAUGAGUCCCAAGAAGGGUCGCGUUGAUCCCGGUGGUAGAGCUGGUACUUGGGGCCCUAAGAAGAUCUUGAGCAGGCAAGAGAACGUCGCUGAGGUCAACACUUCCGCAAGAAAGUGA